AUGUGUUUGUUUUUCGAAUCUGAGCUUUNAUAUAAAUGCAUGGAGUGUGGGAAAACCUUUACUCAGAGCAGUGGACUCAAUAACCACAAAAGGAUCCACACAGGAGAAAAACCGUAUAAAUGCAUGGAGUGUGGAAAGACCUUUGCUCUGAAUGGGACACUCACUAUUCACAAAAAGUUCCACACAGGAGAGAAGCCGUAUAAAUGUAUUGAGUGUGGAAAGACCUUUGCUCAAAGUGGUCAUCUUAUUUGUCAUAAGAUGGUCCACACAGGGGAGAAACCCUAUAAAUGCAUGCAGUGUGGGAAAACCUUUACUCAGAGCAGUGGACUCAAUAAACACAAACGGAUCCACACAGGAGAGAAGCCAUAUAAAUGCAUGGAGUGUGGGAAAACAUUUACUCAGAGCAGUGGACUCAAUAAACACAAACGGAUCCACACAGGAGAAAAACCGUAUAAAUGCAUGGAGUGUGGAAAGACCUUUGCUCUGAAGGGGACACUCGCUAUCCACAACAAGAUCCACACAGGAGAGAAGCCGUAUAAAUGUAUGGAAUGUGGAAAGACCUUUGCUCAAAGUGGUCAUCUUAUUUCCCAUAAGAUGGUCCACACAGGGGAGAAACCAUAUAAAUGCAUAAAUUGUGGAAAGACAUUUGCUCGCAGCUAUGAACUUACUUCCCAUAACAGAAUCCACACAGGAGAGAAGCCAUAUAAAUGUAUGGAAUGUGGAAAGACCUUUGCUCAGAAUAGUAAUCUUAUUUCUCAUAAACAGUUCCACACUCGUGAGAAGGUAUAUAGCAAUAGUAAUUCCAUUUAGAGUUAAAUACCACUUUACAAUGCUUUACAGCACUCUCUGAGCAAUUUACAAAAUCAGCAUAUGUUUCCCAGCAAUCUGG